AUGUCGACGCCCACUUCCUCGCGCGCGCCUUCCGAUGCGGUGCCGUCGGAAAACGGCCAAUCCCUCAAUGCCCGCCGCACUUCACUCGGCUUCCUUCGUCGUUCCAAAUCUACCGAACCCCUCAGCGAACGCAAAGCCUCCGGUAGUCGCAAGAAGAAGUCUCAAGCUAUGGAGGAAGAGAUGCGCCGCCAGCGUGAUUCUUACGCCCCCAAGAUCGCCCCACGCCUGCCUGAUCUUCCCCCUCCACCUCAACUCGAAACUUUUGGUGGUGAGGAACGUGACACUCUUGGUGCGCCUCCUCCUGUGCCUCGCCCGCAGUCUGGAUUCGCUGCUCCUUCGGUCACUUCGCCCACCGAGUCUGUCGAUCCGUAUGCGCGCACCGAGAGCAUGACCCACCGUGGGCGCUAUAGCUAUGCCAGCAGUGCCGUGAGCGCUACAAACAACCCCCGCCGUGUCCGUCGCCGCAAGGACCCAACAUCAUACAAUGUUCUGGUCAUUGGUGCCCGCAACUCCGGAAAGACCUCUUUCCUCAACUUUCUCCGCAAGGCAUUGACCAUGCCCCCACACAAGCAUCCGUCCCGCAGCCCCGAAGAGCUGGAGGAGCUGGAGAGCCAGACCUCCGCCUACGAAGGAUUCACUUCCCAGUACCUGGAGACCGAGAUUGACGGAGAACGGGUCGGACUGACCCUGUGGGAUUCCAACGGAAUUGAGCGCAACAUUGCGGAUCUGCAGCUGCGCGCCGUCACCGGAUUCCUCGAGAGCAAAUUCGAGGAGACUCUCGCCGAGGAGAUGAAGGUCGUGCGUUCGCCCGGUGCGCGCGACACCCACAUCCACUGCACUUUCUUGCUGCUGGACCCUGUUCGUCUGGAUGAAAACAUAGCCGCUGCUGAGCGCGCCGCCAACGGCACCGCCAAGGCUACUGAUAGCCCCGUCCUGGGAGUUUUGGACCAGAACCUUGACCUGCAGGUCCUGCGCACCAUCCUGGGAAAGACCACUGUUGUGCCGGUCAUCAGUAAGGCGGAUACCAUCACCUCCGUCCACAUGGAAUACCUUCGCAAGGCGGUCUGGAACAGCCUGAAGAAGGCCAACAUUGACCCGCUGGAGAUUCUCAAUUUGGAAGACAUGGAGGAGGAUUAUACCUCGUCGGAGAGCGCAGAUGAGGAGUCCAUUGCCGAGGAGCAGGAGAAGACCGAAGGCGAGGGAGAGCCGACCGAGACCGAGACCGACAGCGCCAUCGACGCCGAGACUCAGGAACAAGCAGCCGCCGUGCCCGCUCCCAAGUCACCCUCCGUGCGCAGUGUCAGCACGCGUGCUUCGCAGCAGAUCAUCAACCCGCACGUCCCCUUCUCGAUCCUGUCGCCAGACCCACACUCGCUUUCCUCUGGCGAACUGCCGCUCGGUCGGCGCUUCCCCUGGGGAUUUGCGGGCCCUUACGACGCGGAGCACUGCGACUUUGUUCGCCUGAAGGACUCUGUCUUCAGCGAGUGGCGGUCUGAGCUACGCGAGGCGAGCCGCGUGGUGUGGUAUGAGCGCUGGAGAACCAACCGACUCAACCGCAAUGGCGGCCAGUCUGCACCGCGGGCAUCCAAGUCGUAUGGAGGUCGCACGGGACCAUCGAACCCUUAUGAUGGUCGCCGUACCCGAUAG